AAACACAGUGGGCACAUCCUUUUAGUACUGACUGCAUUGUGCAAUCACAAAGUGAAAGCAGUCCUCACAUGAAACUUCUUCACAUAAACUCUGGCAGUCGUGUCUCUCUGAAUAAUUGUCACUCCAAAGUUACUUCACCUUUGACAACAUGGAUGUGUCAAACAGAAGAAUUGUCAUGCUGGGAAAAACUGGAGCUGGAAAAAGCAGCCUGGCUAACACCAUAUUUGGGGAGGAACAGUUCAAGAUCGACCAUACUCUCAACUCUGGAACAGGUGAAUGUAAAGCAGAAACCAAAUCUGUCAAUGGAAGAAACAUCACUUUAAUCGACACUCCUAGUUUCUUUGACACUGAUAGAUCUGAGUACAUGAACUGUGAGAUAGUGAGGUGUAUCACAGAGUGCGCUCCUGGUCCUCAUGCUUUUCUUAUUGUGCUUAAAGUGGAGAAAGUCACAGAGCAGGAGCAGGCUGUCAUCAAAGAAAUAAACAAAUGCUUCUCUGAUGAAGUCUUCAACUACGCAACAGUUGUCUUCACUCAUGGUGACCAGCUCCCUGAAGGACGGAAAAUUGAGGAUUUUGUCCGCCAGAAUAAGUUCAUGAAUGAUCUGGUGAAGAAGUGUGGCAGCCGGUGCCACGUCUUUGAUAACAGAUACUGGAACAAUAUCCCCACAAAUGAUUACAGGAGCAACCAGUUCCAGGUGGAGGAGCUACUUAAGUCAAUAGACAAGAUGGUGAUGGAAAACAACGGAAGCUGCUACACCAAUGAGAUGCUACAAGAAGUGGAGGAAGAAAUACAACAGGAGGAGGAGCAGAUUCGACUGUUACCAGGAGACAUGUCAGAGAAAGAGAUCAGAGAGCUGGCUAGGGGCAGAGUAUUUCAUGAGCUUUGGAUUAAACUAGCAGGCACUGUAACAGGUACAUUGUUGGGAGCAUUGUUUGGUGUAGUAGUGUUUGUUGGAGUAGUUGUCACAAGUUUAAGUGAGACUUCAGAGCCAGUAAAAUUACGGCAAGCUAUAUCCCAAACUGCAAAAGCAGUAGGAGCAGCACUAGCAGGAACAGGAACAGCCGCAGUAGCAGGGGGGCCAGCAGCAGCAGUAUCUGGAAUAACAUUAGGCACACUUACAGGGGUAUCUGCUGCAGUGGGAGCAGUGAAAGGAGGAAUUGCAGGAUAUCAAGCAGCUGAGGGAGCAGACACCCCACGGGAAGCAGCAGAGAGGGCAGCAGAGGCUGUCAAGAAAGAAGCCCAAUCAGCCUUAGAUAAAGGAAACGAUGUUGUGAACAGACUGUACCAAACGUAAAACAGAUUCAAAAUCUAUAACAAGAUUCUUGAAAAGGGAGAGAUAAUUUAUGAUUAAAGUCUUGUAUCUCCUUGUAGAUUAAAUGAAAAUCUUGUAUCAAAUGUCAUGACAACCCAUCCAAUAAUAAAAGCCCAAAUCUUUAACCUUAUAGUGAUGCUAUGUAAAUGUCAGGGGCUCACCAAAGUCAGUAUAUUCGUCCUUUGUGUACCAUUACAUUUAUUCAUUUAGCUGACGCUUUUAUCCAAAGUGACUUACAAUUGGUAUACAUGUCAGAGGUCGCACGCCUCUGGAGCAACUAGGGGUUAAGUGUCUUGCUCAGGGACACAUUGGUGUCACACAGAGGAUUCAAAUCUGGGUCGCAUUACCAAAUUAAUAAAUAAAAAUAAUAAAUAAAUAAAGUAUGAUGUAAUAUUAAUCUAUAUUGAUCGCCAUGGGCACACUCACAAGCAAUAAUGUAACUAAAAUGUGCCUCACCUUUAGCAGCUUCAGCAUUAACGUGAUGAUUACAUAUUAACGCAUCAAUAUUUAUAAUCCAGUUAUAUAAAUAAUUCUGAAAUUGGUCAUUCUGCAUAAUGAGUACUUUUACUUUUGGUACUUAAAGUAUAUUUUAAUGCUAAUACAUUUAUACUUCUGCUUAAGUAAACAUUUUAAUGCAGGAUUUUUACUUGUCUUUAUUUCUACACUGUGCUAUUGCUACAUUUAAAGUAUGAGAUCUGAGUACUUCCUCCAUCUCUGCUAGCAUGGCUGAACAGCAUUCCUUCAUCGUUACAGGAAAUGAGAGACAAGUAUCACUUUCUAUCUGACGGUUCUCAGAGCCCUAAACUUACUGCUUUACCUCGAUGACACUGCCAGACUACUGACUCUUCACUUUUGGUGUCUAAUUGUAAAAUAUUGAAAUGUGGCUCUAAAAAUGUAUGUAUGUUUACAUAUUCCUAAAUAUCUGUAAUGACAGUAUUUAACCUCUAAUGUUAAGGUCAAAUCUUUAUUUAUAAGGCACUUUAAAAACAAACCUGGUUUGUGCACAAGUGCUUUUACAGAGACAUUGGUACUGAAAUACAUGCAUACAUAGUACACACAAAAACACAUGCAUAGAGACAUUCAUAUGUUUCAAUGAAGAAUGUAAAUCAUGUCAAGAAACAUUACAGGGAUUGGCAAGAGAGUGCGUGAAUAGACCUGUGCUAAA